UCGCUUCAAGGAUUGGUAAAAUCAGAAAGUGGCACCAUCGAUCGUGAGGAAAAGUAGUGCAUGGUUCAAAUCCCAUUUUUUCCCAUCUUUUUUAUGUUAUCUUUUCCCGACUUAGAUUUAGGUUCUUCAAGCAGAAAUUUUUAUGUGAAGAGCAUUUUCGAAUUGCUAUCAUUGCACUAUUUUCAGAUACAGUUUUGAACUAUUUUUUCUCGACAGUAAGCAACUUCCGAGUCGACUUAAUUUCUUUGUCAUUAUCACUGUAUUUGUGAUCCUUUAUCGUCUUCUCCUCCAUCUGUUUUCUUCAAUGGAACUAACCUGUUGUCGAUGGGCUGUUGACUGUUUGAACAGUUCAGCAUCUAUUUUCUUUUCCCUCUCAUUAUUCAUUCUCAUCUCCCUUCCAUUCCAUUCCAAAUUUUCCAUCUACAGAAGAAACCCCACUUGCUCUGUACCCACCAUUUCCAUGGAAAUGGUUUCGAGCUCUGAUUUCCAUACCCUUUUCUCUCACAUUUUCCUCUGUCUUCUCUUCUUCUCUCUUCAUGUUCAAUCAUACACUUCCCCAGAUAAGUAUUUUGUGAACUGUGGAUCACAGACCACUGUUUUUAAUGCUGGCCGGAGCUUCAUCGGCGACUUGAAUACCACCAAUACUAUCAGUUUCAGAUUCAUCCCACAUAAUUCCGGUCAAGUCGUCGAUCAUUCCACUGAGUCUCCAUCUCUGUACGAUUCCAUAAGGAUUUUCAAGGACCCAUCAUUUUACGAAUUCGAAGUCGACCAAGAUACUGUUCAUAUUGUACGUCUUCAUUUCUCCCCUUUCAAUUUCUCUACUGAUUUAUCCACAUCUGUUUUCAACGUUUCUGCUUCUGGGUUCCUCCUACUUCGAAACUUUAACUCCACUAAUAUCCGUAACAAUUCUACCUCAAUUGAGGAAUUCUUCUUGUGCUUAAACUCAGGGGAAAAUUUUCGGAUCUAUUUUUCACCAAAUUCUUCAUCGAUUGCUUAUGUAAAUGCCAUUGAAGUGUUCCCCAUCCCACCGAACUUCAUUCCAGACAAAGCUAAAGUGAUUACCCUCGCCGGAGAAAAAGGUGAGUCCAAGAUUUUCCCAUCUCUAGUUUUACAUACAAUUUACAGAAUCAAUGUGGGAGGUCCUGAAAUUCUCCCGGACACAGACGGACUGUGGGGUAAAUGGGAACAAGAACAGGACAACACUUAUCUAUUGAAUCCGAGCUCUGCAAAAAACAGCAUUCCUCAUCGAACAAAACUGAAAUUCUUGAAUGAAGACGACCAUUAUUUUGCGCCUGAACUCGUAUACCAAACUGCCAAAGAAUUGAUAAAUUCCUCUCUUAACUCGAUCAAUAUAACAUGGCAUUUUCCUUCAAGAAAACAUACUCGCCAUCUUCUCCGACUUCAUUUCUAUGAUCUAAUUGAUUUCUUGGUGAAUUGUGGUGAAGAUGGGUUCAUUAGUGUCAGUGUUAGUCCUCAUCCAGAUACAUUACAGUCCAAUGCUUUUUUGAAUGGGGUUGAGAUUAUGGAAGCCAUGGAUGAACAUACCAAAGAUCCUGUCGUCAAGGAAACGAAAAACAAACGUGUGGGUGUUUUUGUGGGUUUGGCCUUUGGGAUUUUUGGUUUGAUCUGUAUUUUAGGCUUUGGGAUCUAUUUUGGUCUGAAAUGGAGGAAGCCAAAAUCAGAGAAAGCUUCACAAAUAACGCACACAAAAUGGUAUCCAUUACCUGUAUUUGGAGGUGGAAGUACUCACAGCAAGUUUACUGAGAGAACCUCAAGCAACUCCCCCAUCCCCAACUUGAAUCUUGGGUUGAAGUUUUCUCUCGCCGAAAUCAAAACGGCUACCAAUAAUUUCAACAAGAAAUUCCUUGUUGGUGAGGGUGGUUUUGGGAAAGUCUAUAAGGGAGUUAUGAGAAAUGGCAUGAGAGUAGCUGUCAAGAGAAGCCAGCCAGGGGCUGGACAAGGUAUCUCCGAAUUCGAGAGAGAAAUCACGAUACUGUCACGAAUUCGACAUCGGCAUCUCGUUUCGUUUAUUGGGUACUGCAAUGAAGGGCUUGAGAUGAUUUUGGUUUAUGAAUUCUUGGAGAAGGGAACACUAAGGGAGCAUCUUUACAACUCAAACUUUCCUCCCUUGUCUUGGAAGAAAAGGCUAGAAAUUUGCAUUGGUGCAGCUAAAGGCUUGCAUUACCUACACAAAGGCUUAUCCAGUGGAAUCAUUCACCGUGAUGUGAAAUCAACUAACAUUUUGCUUGAUGAGAACCUUGUUGCUAAAGUAUCUGAUUUUGGCCUUUCAACAGCAAGUUCCUUGGAUGAAACUCAUGUAAGCACAGAUAUUAAAGGGACAAUCGGGUAUCUCGAUCCUGAGUAUUUUCGAACACGACAAUUGACACAGAAAUCUGAUGUGUACUCAUUUGGGGUAGUUCUUCUUGAGGUUUUGUGUGCGAGACUAGCUUUGAAUCCAACACUUCCAAAUGAGCAAAUAAAUCUAGCAGAAUGGGGAUUGAAGUGCAAGAAAAUGGAGUUGCUUGAAGAGAUCAUCGACCCAAAAUUAAAGGGUCAGAUCGAUCCUAAUUCCUUGAGAAAGUUCAGUGAAACAAUAGAAAAAUGCUUACAAGACGAUGGUGAAAAUAGACCAGCAAUGGGGGAUGUGGUGUGGGAUUUGGAGUAUGCAUUGCAACUUGAACAAAAUGUUCAUCAUAGAAUGCCGCAUGAAGAUAGUGAAACCAAUGCCAACGAGAGCUCUUCAAUGUUCAUUCAAAGAAUUCCUUCCAUUGGUUCUUCCAUUUUAAGAGAAGAAAAGGAACAUAUGAGUCAAGAUCUAGACAUUCCUUUAACUGCUAGUCAAGUUUUUUCUCAAAUGAAUCCAGGGGAGGGCAGAUGAAAAAAAAAAAAAGUUAUGGAACAGUGAGAUUCUCGGAAAGCUAAAAUGUGUUUAUUUGGCCGUAAAUAAAUCAACCGAUAAUUUGGGUGUUUGGGACGAUAAGUAAGUUAUUUGAUUAGAAUAGUUUGAGUUUGAGUUAUAAUAGUAUGUGUUUGGUGUGUAGAAAAUAAUACAAAAAAAAUGAUGAAUAUGUCCAACCGUAAAAACGGUAACAAACGAAAAAAAGCAAAAAUCAAAGUGUUGGUUGAAUAAUGAUGUGUUAUCUA